CCAGAUAACAGUACCUGGUCGUACCUCUUGGCUGGUCCCCCGUUCUCGUGAUUAGUUUUGAAAUCAAGUCACUCUUAAUUUUUAUUUUGUAAUUGUCGAAAGGGCUUCUGAAUCUUCAGUGUGAGAGACAUUAACGUGAAAAACAGAUGACUUUGUACGGGUGUGCCCAGUAGUAGCAGCAACAGGGGGACCAAUAAAUACUCAUUUAGAAUCUCGGACUACCUAAUUUAUAACCAUGACUUUUUCAAAAAACUUGCCUUACCUUUUAACUAUUUCCUGUUGUGUGUUAUUGUGUUUCCUCAGUACUUCAACAGCUCAGUUACGAGAUGUCCGGUUAGUAAGCAGUACGGGGGUUGUGGGAGGUAUAAGAGGAAGGCUUGAGAUACUUCACAAUAACACUUGGGGGACAAUCUGUGAUGACCACUUUGACAGAAAUGCUGCUGUUGUGGCAUGUAAAAUGUUGGGCUUGUAUAGCAGGAAUAACUUCGUGGUGUCCCGUUCUUCGGCUUAUUUUGGACAAGGACCCGGGCCGAUUUGGUUGGAUGAUGUGACAUGCACUGGUAAUGAGAAUUCUCUGCUGAACUGCCGGAUCAAACCAUGGGGUGUACAAAACUGCAUGCACAAUGAGGAUGUAGGGGUAGACUGUAAUGCAGGUCAGGUUGCCAAUAUUCCGUUACGACUAGUGAAUGGUUCAGAUGCGUACAGUGGUCGAAUUGAAAUCCAGGUAAACAAUACAUGGGGAACGAUAUGCGACGAUGAAUGGAACGAGAAAGCUGCUCGAGUCGUUUGUAACAUCAAAGGGCAAACAAGUGCUACAGCAGUGCCAGUUGGAAAUGCCAUGUUUGGUUCUGGUACUGGUCCGAUUUUGUUAGAUGAUGUAAAGUGUCUGGGGAAUGAAACAGGGCUUGGAGCUUGUGAUCAUAAACCCUUUGGAACCAAUAACUGUGACCACUCUGAGGAUGCCGGUGUCUUGUGUCUCUCCGGUCCAUCAAAUGUACAAGUGCGACUGAGGGGAGGAUUGAACCAGUAUCAAGGGCGCGUAGAGAUUCAAGUGUUUGGACGCUGGGGGACAGUCUGUGAUGAUGGGUUUGACAGAAGAGAAGCUAAUGUGGUUUGUCAUCAGCUUGGAUACCAAAGGGGAGGAACCGUGUUAAGGGGAUCGUCCUAUGGAGGCGGAAUAGGGCCGAUAUGGAUGGAUGAUCUGGAGUGUUCUGGAAACGAGACUGCCCUUCAGUCCUGUACCCGCAAACCCUGGGGGGUCAACAACUGUGGACAUGAUGAGGAUGUUGCUGUGUCAUGUAUCCCAGACAAUGUUCCUCCCAUACAAAUCCGUCUCGCUGGAGGUCCCACAAACAGAGAGGGACGUGUAGAGAUACAGUACAACGGACAGUGGGGGACGGUGUGUGAUGACAUGUGGUCUAACGCUGACGCCGCAGUGGCCUGCAGGAUGUUAAACCUCCCAUUCUCUGGUGCAGUGGGAUUGGUGAAAUCGCCGUACGGUAAUGGUGUCGGCCAAAUCCUCAUGGACGACGUGAGAUGUGUAGGAACAGAAACUACCCUGGCUAACUGUCCAUUCGGGGGCUGGACACAGAACAACUGUGGACAUAAUGAAGACGCUGGGAUCAUCUGUCAGGACACAACAACACAGAUGCAGAUUCGCUUAGUGGAUGCUAGCGGACAAUUUGGAGGCUACCAGGGUCGUCUGGAGGUCAACAUAAACAACACUUGGGGUACUGUUUGCGACGAUGCUUUUGGAAGCUCAGAAGCUACAGUAGUGUGUAAACAACUGGGUUUGAAUGGGGCAAAUGCGACGGCCAAAGGAAGAUCCUUCUUUGGACGAGGCACAGGGCCAAUCUUUCUGGAUGAUGUGAAUUGUGCUGGAACGGAAAAGGGUAUCCAGUUCUGUGGACACAGGGGGUAUGGGAACAAUAACUGCGACCACACUGAGGAUGUAUCUGUCAUAUGCAAAUCUGCCAUUAUUCAACCAACGAGAGUGCGGCUGGUGGGAGGAACAACGAGGAGUGAGGGUCGAUUAGAGGUCUACCACCAGGGGACGUGGGGAACAGUCUGUGAUGAUUACUUUGACACUGUGGCUGCUCAAGUGGCCUGUAAAAUGCUGGGUCUACCUUGGCAAGGAGCUCAACCAAGAUCCAAAGCAUUUUUUGGACAAGGAACAGGUCAGAUAUUAUUGGACAAUGUUGUCUGUAGAGGAAAUGAGACGAAUAUUGCUUUCUGUAGACAUCGACCUUGGGGUAGGUCAAACUGUCGACACAGUGAAGAUGUGGGAGUUGUUUGUGGAUCCAUGACGCGGGUACCAGUCCGCCUUGUGAAUGGUUCCUCCACUGCGAGCGGCCGAUUAGAGAUCUACUACAACAACACCUGGGGCACUGUAUGCGAUGAUUCCUUUGACAAUAAUGCUGCAGCAGUAGUCUGUAAUAUGCUGGGUUUACAGAGAGGCCAUAGUAUAGCUGUAUCCAAUGCCAGGUUUGGUCAGGGUUCAGGACCUAUAUUACUGGAUGAUGUUCUCUGCAAGGGGAGAGAGACCAGUAUAUUGCAGUGUCGCAGUAAAGGCUGGUACACAAACAAUUGUGACCAUACAGAGGAUGUGGGGUCAUCUGUAACUCAGGUAAUCACAACACGACUGCGUCUGGUGAACGGAGGAAGUCUGUACAAGGGCAGAGUGGAGAUCAACAUUGGUGGCUCGUGGGGGACGAUUUGUGAUGACAAGUUUGAUGCUAAUGCUGCCAAAGUUGUGUGCAAGACUUUAGGACUUCCAUAUCAGAAUGCUUUACCUGCAACAGCUGCUGCCUUUGGACAGGGCUCUGGAAAUAUCAUGCUGGAUAAUGUCAUGUGUCAGGGCAAUGAAUCCUCCAUACUGGAUUGUCAGACGAAUCCGAUAGGAACCAAUGACUGUGAACACUCUGAGGAUGUCGGUGUCAUAUGUAGGAACUCUCCUCAGAGUAGCACUGUACAGACUAGGUUGGCAGGAGGUCCAUCACGGCAGGAGGGACUUCUUCAGGUGAACUAUGCAGGCCAGUGGGGAACAGUGUGUGAUGAUGACUUCAAUAACAAUGCUGCCAAAGUCGUGUGUAGAUCUCUAGGAUUAACAUUUAUGAAGGCUGUAGCAGUUCCUGGGGCAACGUACAAAUCCACCAAUACAAAUUAUGGCCCUAUCUGGUUGGAUGGGACAAACUGCACUGGGACUGAGACCUCCAUUGGUCUGUGUGGCCACAAUCCGUGGGGGACAAAUGACUGUGACCACACUGAAGAUAUUGCGGUGGCUUGUCAGACUGCCCAGAUGCUGACGAUACAGGCACGCCUUGUAAAUGGCACUACCAAUUCUGGUCGGGUAGAGGUUUUCCAUAACAACCAAUGGGGAACUAUUUGUGAUGACGGAUGGGGAAUUAAGGAAGCCACAGUUAUCUGUAGGAUGCUGGGAAAACCCACUGGAGUAGCAGUGCCUUUGUCUAACUCUUACUAUGGAGCUGGGUCCAAUCAGAUCUGGAUAGAUGACCUGGAAUGUGCGGGAAAUGAGACCAACAUUGGAAUGUGCAAUCACAAGCCAUGGGGGGUCAAUGACUGCGACCACACGGAGGAUGCGUCAGUCAUGUGUCUGACUGCUAACCCCAAUCCCCCUCCUGUGACGGUAAGGCUUGUGGGGGGACUCACUCGAAGCCAGGGGAGGGUACAAGUGCUCUAUAACGGCAUUUACGGCACAAUCUGCGAUGACUCGUGGGACAACAGGGACGCCCAGGUGGUCUGUAACAUGCUGGGUUACAGGGCAAGUGGAGCACGUGCGAUCAACCACAUAGGAACAGGAAGUGGGCCGAUUUGGAUGGAUGACGUAGAGUGUUUGGGAAGCGAGGCUAACAUUGGACAGUGUGUCUUCAAAGGAUGGGGAGAAAACAACUGCGAUCAUUCAGAGGAUGCAGGAGUGGUUUGCGUGGAUUCCUCAGUACGACCCCUCAAUGUUCGACUUGUUGCUGGGCCCUCUCUCAUGGAAGGCAGGGUGGAGGUGAGCUACAGUGGCACCUGGGGGACAGUCUGUGAUGACAGUUGGUCUAACGCUGAUGCGCAGGUUGUUUGUAGAAUGCUGGGGUAUUCCACGGAUGGUGCUACAGCUUACUCCCAUGCUAGAUAUGGACAGGGUGCAGCGAGCCAGAAAAUUAUCCUGGAUGAUGUGAGCUGUAUUGGUACUGAGACUAAUCUGGGUCAGUGUAACUACACAGCACUAGGACUAAGCAACUGUGACCACACGGAAGAUGCUGGAGUCAGGUGUAAUCCAGCUGGAACGGUAGUUACCAAUAACAUCCAGAUUCGACUGCGGGGAGGAAGUAACAACCAGACAGAGGGCCGUGUGGAGAUUUUCUACAACAACACGUGGGGAACCAUCUGUGAUGAUUAUUUUGGGGCACAGGAAGCAUCCGUACUCUGUAGAAUGCUCGGACAAUCUCCUAUUGGAGCUCGAGCUAAAACCUCAGCCUUUUACGGGCAGGGAACAGGACCUAUCUGGCUGGACAACUUGAACUGUUUUGGAAACGAGACCAGUAUUGCCCUAUGUGGGAGUCGUGGCUGGGGUGUGAACAACUGUCGACAUAGAGAAGAUGCUGGAAUUGUCUGUGCAGGCAGGCAGCGUAUGACUCCUGUGCGUUUAGUGGGUGGAUCAAACCAAAAUGAGGGGCGAGUGGAGGUCUUCCAUGGAGGAAAGUGGGGCACGGUAUGUGAUGAUGUCGCUGAUUAUCGAGUAGCUCAGGUCAUCUGUAACCAACUAGGAUUGACAAGCACCAACACCCCUGCUGUUAAAGGAAGUGCCUACUUUGGAGCUGGAACCGGUCAGAUCUGGAUGGAUGAUCUUCACUGUAGUGGAACUGAGCUCUCAUUGGACACCUGUUCCUUCCGUCCAUGGGGUUCCAACAAUUGUGGUCACAAUGAAGAUCUCAGUGUCAUUUGUUCAGCUCCUGCUGUACCUCUUCGUCUUGUGGACCCGAACGGUAACCCUAAUCAAGGUCGUGUAGAAAUUCAGGUCAAUGGAACCUGGGGUACUGUUUGUGAUGACAUGUUUAACUCGAAAGCUGCGGGCGUGGUAUGUGCCAUGGCAGGAUUCAGGAGAACUGGAGCCAUUGCUAAACCAAGGUCAUUCUUUGGCCGUGGGACUGGCCGAAUCCUUUUGGAUGAUGUCCAUUGUGUUGGGUCAGAGAAAACUCUUCUCCAGUGUUCCUCUAAGCCCCUGGGGAGAAACAACUGUGAUCAUGAUGAAGAUGUGGGUGUUGUUUGUGGUGUUGAGAGUUUGCCGAUUCGGUUAGUUGGAGGGUCAACCAAUAGUGGUCGUGUAGAGAUCCAGCAUAACAACACAUGGGGGACAGUUUGUGACGACUACUGGACAGCCACAGGAAUUAAAAAUGCACAAAUUGUUUGCAAAAUGUUGGGAAAACCAUACUCAAAUGCCUACGCCUUGGGUAGGGCAUACUUUGGGGCGGGGACAGGACAGAUCUGGUUGGAUGACGUGAAAUGUACAGGAAGUGAAGCUAGCAUUGAUUUGUGCCCCCAUCGUCCAUACGGCAGCAACAACUGUAGACAUGGUGAAGAUGUGGGUGUCGUCUGUACUAAUACCCCAAGAAGCACCACACCUAGACCAGGUCGUGUAACAACCACCCGAGCCACGCCAGCCCCAGGGACCACCUUCAUCCGACUGGUAAAUGGUGCUGAUGCCUACCAGGGCAGGGUAGAGGUUUACGCCUUCGGUCAGUGGGGUACCAUCUGUGAUGAUGCCUUUACCAAUCAAAAUGCAGGUGUUUUGUGUCAGAUGUUAGGUUACAGCAGUACUGGGGCAUCUUUUAGAGGUGCUGGCUCCUUUGGAUCAGGCUCAGGGAAAAUCUGGUUGGACAAUGUCAACUGUACAGGGUCUGAAAGAUCCAUCACUCAAUGUCGCUCCAACGGCUGGGGUGCCCACAACUGCGGACACAAUGAAGAUGUCGGCAUCAUAUGUUCUCCUGCGACCUACCCCGACUACUACUUGCUACUCACUGACUCUAAGAAUAAAACCUUGUACAGAAUGGACCUCAAUUCAUACAGUUAUGAAAUCAUUCCCCUUCACAACCAUGACAACCCAAUCUCUGUCGACUUGGAUUCCCAAAAUCAACAGAUCUACUGGACAGACGUCGGCUCCAAUCAAAUCAGAACGGCAGAAAUUACUGGGAGUAAAGAAAAAGUGGUUCGCCAGCUAGGCUCAAGCGCCACUCCAGAUGGUAUUUCUGUAGACACCUUGUCACAGCUCAUCUUCUACACAGACACAGGAUAUAACACGAUUUCACUGAUAACCAUCGAUGGGACUUAUUCUAAAACUAUCCUGAACCAGAAUCUGGAUGAACCACGAGCUAUAGUGACCAAUCCACGAACUGGAGUGUUUUAUUGGACAGACUGGGGAACCAAUGCCAGAAUAGAAAAAGCUAACUAUGACGGAACCAUGCGACAAGCCAUCAUCACUACUAAUAUGAAGUGGCCUAAUGCUCUGGCUAUAGACUUCCAAGGAAAUGCACUUUACUGGGCAGAUGGCUACACCAAACUGAUUGAGAAGGCUAACCUGGACGGCUCCGGACGUAUGACCGUGUCUGACCAGUCCAGCACCCAGGCUCACUUUUUUGGUUUAGUGUUGUAUCAGACCACGCUGUACUACACCGACUGGAACACUCAUUCUGUGAUGAAGGUUUCGACCACGGGAGGCACCCCUACAGCAGUGGGCCCAUCAGUAUUUGGCAGACUCAAUGAUUUACAUUUGUACCGAAGUGGAGCAGGAUUCUCAGGCACUAAUGCAUGCACUAGUGGUAAAGGCGGUUGCUCUCACAUCUGUUUACCUGCCCCAGGUAACAUUAGGAAAUGUGCCUGUCCAGAUGGCUUGUCAUUACAGCCAAAUGGAGUAUCAUGUGGAACAGCCAUUCCCUGCCAGCCACUACGGGCUCCCACUAACGGUAUGGUCACUCCAUCCACUUGUACCUCUACAACAGCCAAGCCCAACACCAACUGUACAGUGACCUGUAAGACUGGCUACUCACUAUAUGGGGCCAGUACCCUCACCUGUAAUGCCAAUGGUCAGUGGAGCACAGGGGCCACAUUCAUCAGGUGUAUAGACACCCAGCCCCCCUCGGUGACCUGCCCUGCUGAUCAGACUGUCAUAGCAGAUAUGGGUAAACAGACGGCCACCGUUAGCUGGAAUCCUCCCACUGCCUCAGACAACUCUGGUGGCACUAUACCCAUCUUACAGGAAGUGACAUCGCCAGCCAUUCUUGGUGUAGGAGCACAUAUCAUUAAAGCUGUUGCCUUCGACUCAACCGGACGAUCUAGCUCUUGUAGUUUCACAAUCACUGUUAUAGUGUUGAAGUGUCCUCGCCUGACUCCGCCCGUGAAUGGUUUGAUUGUGUCCCGAAUGUGUUCCAACUACUACGGAGCUACCUGCCAGGUGGGCUGCACGUCUGCGUUCAACCUCCAGGGAGGAAGUGGUACCGUUACCUGUCAGAAAUCUGGAAGCGUGGCCCAGUGGACGCCAGAUGUUUCCACUCUGCAGUGCAAAGCUGUUUCCUGUCCUAAGAUUCCAGUUCCACAGAAUGGUCAGAUUACUGGAUGUAAGCCCCCAUACCUGUCUGGUUCUGUGUGCACUCAGGUGUGCAAUGCCUCUUACGUAGCCUAUGGUAACAGUGUCUACAGGACGUGUCGGAAAAAUGGAAUUUGGGGAGGAUCUUUGUUGACUUGUCAACCACCAACUGUGUAUAAUAACCGUGCUGGAAUGAUGGUGGGUGGAAAUUCUGGAGGAAGUUCGGCGACCGUGAACAGUGGUGCCAUCACGGCUGGCGUGGUGAUAGGAGCUGUGGUGAUUGUCAUCCUUCUGGUGGCUGCCUUCCUCUACAUAAAACGACAGCAAUUUACAAUGGCUGGUUCCAACCGAUCUUACGAAAUGGGAGGCAUGUCCAAUCCAAACUAUGGCAACUCAGAUACGUGAACAGAAAGAAAGCUUUACUUUAAGCUGCUACUCAUCGACUAUGUUAAUUAAUGCAAUACCAGUGACUAUACUUCAAAAUUAGAGAAUGUUAAUGACUUUGUUGCAGUUUGUUUCAUAUAUCAGACACAUAUUAGAGAAUUGUUUGUUUCUUUAUUUCAUAUUUCAUUCAAAUUUUAAAGAAUUAUUUGUUAAUAUUUUAUUUAAGUUUUAAAAUAUUUCUUGUUACAUACAUGUAUUUCAUUCAGAUUUUAAAAAAAUGUCACAUAUUUCAUUCAAAUGUAGAGAAUUGUUUAUUACAUAUUUCUAAAAAUUAGAGAUUUAUUAUAAUUACCUUGUUCUAGUUCAUCCCAUAAAUCAGUCAUAUUUCAUUAAUGAAUGAGGUGUAUUGCAAGUUAAAAAAAAAUAAGGAUGAUUGUUCAAGUGCAAAUACUCAUCAUGAAUUUAAUACUCGUGUACAGUGAUCAGAGAAACUACGAAAUAAAUACUAACAUAUUA